AUGAAUAAAGAGUCUAUUCCACCUACACGGUUUGCUGGCCGCACUUACAGCCAAGCACGAAAUAGUACAGCAAAUCGCAAUGUUGACGAUGCAGCUGAUGCCAGAACUGUUCAAAUUAAGGUGGCCACAUCUUUUUCAAAGAGGGGGAAAGCCAACUUUUUCCUCAUUCCUGACAAUUCAAAUGGUGCAACAGAAACCAAAAAGAUGAAGUUCAAAAGCGAAGGAGAAGAUACUUUCAGUUUUAAAACUGUUGAUAAGAGGAAAUCGAGUUUUGCUGUGAAAGAGGAUCUAAUAGCGCAGAAACAUGAUCCUCGCCAGAUGACAAAACUAUCUGCCUCUAAAACUGAAGUGAAAGAUGAAGGAUCGGAUAAAUAUUUAAAAGAAGGAAAAGAAGAGGCAUGUUUCUCAUCAGCUCUCCGCAUCAGUUCCAGGACAGCUUCCAAGAAAUUGGUAAUCUCGGAUCCGUUUUUAGAAGUUGGAAAGCAGAUGCUGUCUGGACAAACAAUGUUCUUCUCUAAAGCAAGAUUAGAAGCAUCUACUAAUUCACAGAAUAGGGGUACAGAUGAUGAUUUAUUCCCUGUUCAGUUCAAGGGUCAUCCUCUGAAAACCAGCUCUAGAGUUACCCCAGCAGAUAAACCUGAUUCUCCACCACAGAAGUCUGGGUCUAAAAGAAAGGGUUGGCAGAGAGGUCGAAAAUCUCUGACCGUAAAUGAUCCUAAGUUAAAUGUGCACUGCAAUAGACAUCAUGCUGCCCAGCAGUUGAAUGAGAAACCAGAUGCAACCACAAAAGGCAUAAACAAAAGCACAGUUGUAUUUAAGAAAGAAAUGGCUAAUAAAGCUCAUAGGACCACUGUUGUUUGCAAACCUAAAGCCCAGGCAAAACAUGU